AUGAGGAAAUUCGUUGUGGUUUUGUUUUUAUUGUCAGCAGUCGACGCCUAUUGCCCAUUAACGUCAAAUCAGAGCCCAAGUCGACCGAAAUGUUUCACAUUCUACAAUUGGAAUAAAACUUUUGCCGAGGCUGAGGGCUUCUGUACAGAUAUGGGUGGCCAUCUCGCCUCGAUCACCAACGCGUUUGAGGCUAAUUUGUUGACAACAGUAGCGCAAGGAAAAGGUGUUCCGGCUGGUUUCUGGUUGGGAGCCAAUGACAUCGAUCAACCUGGACAAUUCGCUUGGUUGGAUCAAACUCCGUGGGCGUACACGAGAUUUGCGUCAGGCGAACCAUCAGCUCAGAAGCAAUGUUUGACCGUGGGAAAAAGCGAUGGGACAUGGGUGACAGCCGAUUGUGAGACAAAACUCGCGUUUGCUUGUGCUGCCGAUAUUGUCAACGUGGCUCAACCUCCAUGUGACUCUGAAUGGACGUGGAGCAAGAAUUUCUCGUCUUGUUACAAGGUUUUCUUUGAUCUUCGAACUUGGCAAGACGCUGAGGCUCUUUGCACAACGGUUGGCGCACAUUUAGCCUCUGUUCACAGUGACAGCGAGAAUCGAUUUGUAAAUGUGUUGGGCAAAAGCGGUUUAACCGUCAACGAUGAUGAGGAACUCUAUAUUGGAUUGACGAAAAACAGUCAGGCACAAUGGGUUUGGACUGAUGGAACACCAACUGAUUUCUUAGCUUGGGCCCCGGGAGAGCCAAACAACUCAAAUGGAAAGGAAAGCUGCGUUGAGUCCUACGCUGAUCCUCUUCACAAGCCGCCAAAGAAUGCGGACUAUGUGGAAAGAUGGAAUGAUAUUGAAUGUGAUGACACAAUGAGGGCAGCUGUUUGCAAGAAAGCGCAAAAUAAA